CGCGCACUCUCGCAUAUUCUCACGAAACUCGAGACGGCGAUCAGGUUAUUUUCAGAUAUGGAUUUGUACAAAAUCACCGAUAACAUAAAGUGUUAACUGUAUGAAGUGCAGCGCCGCCGACGAUGCUCGAGGCCCCUCGGUUCUUCGUGGUGGUUUGAGGUGAUAGGAGACGGACCCCGAGCGUUUAUAAUGCCGUAUGUGAGGCUGCUGGAGGAGGCCGUGUGAGUGUGAGAAGAGAGAGGCGGCAGCGGUGGUGGUGGUGGUGGUGGAAAAGGCGACCCAAAAGUGAGCGGUGUGAGAGUGUGAAAGAGAGAGAGAGAAGUGAGAGAGAGAGAGAGAGAGAGAGAGGGGAGAGAGAAAAGACACUCGCACACACACGCAACACAUCAGUGUCCGCCAUCCCUCUUAUAUGUGUGUUUCGCCCAUCUCCAUUUCGACCAGGACACCUUCUUCUUCCCUCGCGCCGUCGUCUUCGUCGUCAUCGUCAUCCUCCUCUCCCUCUUCCUCCUCCUCCAUCUCGUCCUCCUCCUCCUCCUCCUCCUCUUCAUCGUCGCCAGCAGCAGCAGCAGCAGAACUCUUCUCCUGCUGCUGCCACUCUCCUGCACGCCACCACAAAACCGCCCACACGCCCGCACUUCUUCUUCUCUACACACACCCACACCCCCCGGUGGACAGUGGAGGCGGCGGCGGUGGUGGUGGUGUGAGGUGUUGAGAGGUGUGGUGGUGGGUGGACCCGAUUCCCUCCGCCCUAGGUUCGAGGACCAGCUCUCGUGGUGGUGUGGCGGUGAAGGCGCCCUUAGGGUAUAUAUUUAUAUCUAGUGCCCCAGGCGAGAGAGAGAAUCCCCCAGACCCCUCUCUCUCUCAGUUUCGCCCCCUUCCUUUGAGCCUAGGCAUCAUCGUCACCUCCCCUAGAGGCAGGCCCUUAGAGGGUAGUAGGCCUGCCGUAGCCUAAACUCGAGCUCGAACCUUAACGGUUUUCGCGAGCGAUUUCCUCCGCCGAGACCUCGGGACACGGUCCUUCCUUCCUUCCCCUUGACGAUCCCCUCGCGAGGUCGUGGGUCGCGACCCUUCCGCCAGAUUUGUUCGUCCCUGCCGAUGAGGAAGUGCCGUUGAGGGAGGGAGGCCCCAGUGUUGGUAGCAGUGUCGUGGUGCCGUUACGGCAAUGGCCAGGGUUUGAGUUGCGUCGCGCUCUGCGGAAAACGGAUUACGGAGUAGAGUGAGUGUACGGGUCAACAGGAGACGCAAGGAACAUGUCGGGCAGUGGGGGCACGUUUGUGGACAGAAUAGACCCGUUUGCCAAGCGGUCGCUGAAGAAGAAGCCUAAACGUUCGCAGGGAUCUUCCCGGUAUCGCACUUCUAAUGAUGUGGAGCUCCAGCCACUGCCUCUUCUCAAAGAUGUACCAGGGUCAGAGCAAGAAGAUCUCUUCCUUCGGAAGCUCCGACAAUGCUGUGUCGGCUUCGAUUUCCUUGACCCUGUGGCCGACUUGAAGGGAAAGGAGAUGAAACGUAGCACUCUCAAUGAACUUGUCGAUUAUAUAACAGCUGGUCGUGGAGUCCUUACUGAACCAGUCUACCCGGAGAUUAUCCGAAUGAUUGCUUGUAAUUUGUUUCGUACACUUCCUCCUUCGGACAACCCUGACUUUGACCCUGAGGAAGAUGAUCCAACGUUAGAGGCUUCGUGGCCACACCUACAGCUGGUGUACGAGUUCUUCCUCCGCUUCUUAGAAAGUCCAGACUUCCAGCCAGCCAUUGGCAAGAGAGUAAUAGAUCAGAAAUUUGUUUUACAACUAUUGGAAUUGUUUGACAGUGAAGAUCCAAGGGAAAGAGAUUUCCUGAAAACUGUUCUCCACAGGAUAUAUGGAAAAUUCUUGGGACUUAGAGCAUUUAUCAGAAAACAGAUAAACAAUAUUUUCCUUAGAUUUGUGUAUGAAACGGAACACUUCAAUGGUGUAGGGGAAUUAUUAGAAAUUUUGGGAAGUAUAAUCAAUGGGUUUGCUCUGCCACUGAAGGCUGAACAUAAACAAUUUUUAAUUAAGGUGCUGAUACCACUGCACAAAGUCAAGUGUUUAAGUCUGUACCAUGCACAGCUGGCCUAUUGUGUGGUACAGUUCUUAGAAAAAGACCCCACACUCACUGAGCCUGUGAUCAAGGGCCUACUCAAGUUCUGGCCCAAAACCUGUAGUCAGAAAGAGGUUAUGUUUUUAGGAGAAAUAGAAGAAAUUCUUGAUGUUAUAGAGCCUUCGCAAUUCGUGAAAAUUCAGGAGCCCUUAUUUAAGCAAAUAGCAAAAUGUGUUUCCAGUCCUCAUUUCCAGGUUGCAGAGAGAGCGUUAUAUUUCUGGAAUAAUGAGUACAUCAUGAGCCUCAUAGAAGAAAAUUCUAAUGUUAUUUUACCUAUCAUGUUCCCGGCACUGUACAGAAUAAGUAAAGAACAUUGGAAUCAGACAAUUGUUGCGCUAGUCUAUAAUGUGCUCAAAACAUUUAUGGAAAUGAACAGCAAGUUAUUUGAUGAACUCACGGCUUCAUAUAAAGCGGAGAGGCAACGGGAGAAGAAACGUGAACGAGAACGAGACGAAUUAUGGAAGAAACUUCAAGCAUUAGAGCUGAACCACCAGCAACAGAAGUAGUGAUAUACCACAUUAUAGAUAUAGCGCAAAUCCUUGGAAGUUUGGCCGUGAUGUGCCGUUAUAACAGUUGAGUGUAGGGUUCAGAUUCCCUUCACACAGAGUACACUCUUGGUGUCAUAGAGGAGGCCUGAGGCUGGGACCUUUUGGCAUAACCAUCAAAGAGCCCACACUUGCAUAAAGGACAGAACUCAAUACUAUAGUUUUGAAUGUAUUCUGGUCAUAAAACUGAAGCCAUAUGCAUAGCUGUGCAAAUUUUGAGUCCUGUUGUAGACGUGUAUGUUAAUGAAGUGUUAAUGCCCUGGUUGAAUACGGGGCACAGUUGCCCUUUCAACAGCAGAAAAAGGGUAUAAGUAAUAGCAAUCUAGGCUAUUUGUCUAUUAUGUAUGUAAUAUGUAUUAUAUGGUAGCCCAUAUAAAGUGAUGAUGACCUUUGUAAUUAUUACUUCAUAGGAGCGAAUGUAUCAAGCGUGUGUGGUGUGGGAGGAAUGAUGAAAGGUGCUGUCUGGCCUGGAAUAGGGUACCAAGAAGAAGAAGAAAACUAAAAUAAAACAGAUUGGCCUGUAUAUGUCCCAAGAGACAAGAAGAAGGAUAACCAUCUCACUUCUCCCAGUUGGGAGUUGUGUUUAAGCUCACCAUGUCCUCUCUUGGAUUUGGUUCAUAUUAAAUUAUUUGUUUUUUUAUUUGUAUAGUUAUUGGGCCUAAUUCUGGGUUAUGAUUUUCUUUACUGGACUUUUUAAAUAUAAUAUAGAUAGGCCAAUUGUUGUGUUUUGGAGAGGUCUUUUAAUAUUGAACUGAUCAGCAGGUUGUUCAGGUCACAAAAAUGAAUUUGUGAUGGUAGUUUCCUUUGCAUUAGUUAGCUGAUAGUGUAUGUCAUUGCCCAAGUUUGAUUCAUGCAAAACCACAUUAUGUCUCCUCUGUCAAGGUAGUCAUCCUUUCCUCUCAUUAUUGUACAUAGGUUGAGAGUCUGUGUGCACCAAAUCUUAAUGAUAAAUAUGAUGAUACUACUACUAUAACUAUUAAUAGCAAAUACGUUGUGGCCCAAAAGUAUAGAGUCACCAGGGAAAAAGAGCAAAAGAUACAGGACUUGGUCAUGAUUUGGCAAUGUCUAGUCAUCCCCAUGUGUGUGUGUGUGUGUGUGUGUGUGUGUGUGAGAACUUGGGGCAAUGAGGACUCACCAUUUUGUAGUAUAGUUUAUGUGGAUGAUGAUGAUUUCACUUGCUUCUUGUUGUCCCUUGUGUUGCUAUAGCUGAUCAGCUGGUUGGGGGCAGCUUUGGUGCCACUGUUCCUGGGGCUGGACACGACGUGUACAACAAGUUGCUCAACCUCACUGAUAGUGCUUCAAUUGCUGAACCAUAUCAACCUUCUCCAUUUCCUCUUCCUCUUCCUACUCCUCUCCAAUUUUUAGGAAGUGCAUUUUUUCCUCAGUGGGAGUUGUGCUCCCACCAUUGAUUUAUGCAACCAGUACCAGUGUUUAGUGGAAGGGGCGUGCAAAGGCUCAAACAACAAAUGGAACUUACUUUGGCUGGCCUAUGUGAAGGAACCCAUAUUGUGUGUUUUAAUUGGUGCAAUAGUGUGACUCAUCCAUAGCUGCUGGUGCCCCCUCUCCUACGGGGACUCUGUGCUGUGCAGGUGGUGUCUUGUGCAGAUGCCCUAUGCUUGAAGAUGAAUCCAAGAAGGUCAUCAUCUCUAUCCAAGAGGAAAAUAGUGUUGGGCACAACCAGAUGAAGUCAUCACCAACCAUAAGUGGGGGCACCCCCAAUCCAAGCCUCCCCAGUACCAUUGAUAUGCUGCUUUUUCACUUUUUUAUUUUAUUUUUUCAUUCUUUCAAUUUUUCUGAAAUAUAGUAUGUUCGUGUUACCUUAGUGAUUUAAGCUGGUGAAAACUCUAUCACUGAAUAUUGUGAUUUAGCAAACAAGCAGGAGUUUGAUAGCAAAUAAUAUGGAGCUCUAUUCACGUAAGCAUGAUGAGAGAGAGAGAAUUGCAAAUCUUACGGCAAGUUUAGUAUUGCUAACAGUUUUAAAAUAGAUGUUUGGUGUCUUGACAAAAUUUGUUUUUAUUGUUCUUUUUUCACAUUUCACAUCACCUCUAUAUGUAUUGUUUACAUUUGAACAUAUUAUGAAUGAAUAGCUUGUCAUAUAUAAAUAUAUAUAUAUAAAUAUACAUAUAUAAAAAAUAAGCAAGGAGACCGUUUAAGCGAGCAGUGUUAUUUUAACCUUAGAGUAUUCUAAGCUACCGUACAUUGUAAAAUACCUGUGCAGAAAUAUAAUUGGAAUAAUUUUACCCAGGAACUUUUAUUUUUAAGUAGCUCUCAAUACUUUACAUCCAAACACACUACAAAGGGGGCAUUGACACUUGUGAACAAUCUCUGAGGGAGGCUGCAGGCAUGAUUCAGCAGACCAGAUAGAUAAUGGUAUAACAACACGUAUUGAUGUUCACCUGAGUGUUCCUGUUGGGCAUGAAGGCACCUGCACAAAUCAACCCAUGUACUGUAUUUUCAGUAAAGCUUGUAUACAGUGUACAGUCUACCGUUAUAUGUAAUAUUGGGGAUACUAUAUUAAUGGAGGGAUGUGACGAGAUCAUUGAUAAAGAAAUUUGUGUGACACUGCUGGGAUGUGUGGACACUGUAUGUAUGUAUGUGCACACACUUGAUAUAGACUAGCCUUUGCCACAUGCUUUACUUCUGCCUUGUAUGUUUGUAAAUUUAACUGUACAUGUACAUACACCUGAAGCAGAGUAGGGUGUGAGUGUGGCAGCCUGCUCAGGGUCCAGAUAAGACCUGCUCUCAACUUCACUGCAGUUUUCUAUUAAUGUUAUUCUUAGUGUACUGUAUUCUGUUUUCAGCUCCACUGCAUUGUGAUAUGUUAUGAAGCCUCCCAGUUUUUUCUCUUGUGUUGUUUCCAUUCGUUACAGUGGAAAGGAAAAAAGGAAGCUGAUAUCUGCUGUGGUUUUUCUAGAGUCCUGGUGCAUUGCAGAGCAUUGAUGAAGACUUCUGCUUUUCAGUUAUUGGAUUUAUUGAUGUGGGAGUUAUGACUUUGUGUAUUAGGAAUAUUGGAAAGUUGUUCAGUUAAUUAAAAAAAAACUUGAGUGGUGUUGGGUUGGCAGUGAUUAAUGAAAGAACAUAUCGGUGGUUUAAUUAGUGAAACGAAGUAAAUAACACGUAAGAAAAAGUUUCGAAAGCUAAUACGAAUGCGAAGGGUGUGUCUGUGAGAAUGUCUGUAUAUUGGCAGUGGAUGUCAGAGGGAGAGUGAAAACUGUUGAAGUGUUAAGAUGGAGGAAUAGAUGGACUCUAGUAGGCUGCUGCUUGAGCUUCACGAAUGGCAUUUCUCUGGGUUGCAUCUUUCACCUGUGAAGAUGUGAUAUUUUAAUACUGCUUUUCUUUAUGGAACUAUAAUUUCUAUUUCCUGUAGACUAGUGCCAACAUGAUGCAAAUAGCAUUAUGCAGCUAUAGGGACUGACACAAAAAAUAAAGUUAUUAAAAAGCCAAUUCUGAGCGCCAGCUUGAGACACGGCGGUGUGUUAGUGUGCCUCUGGGCUUUCUUCUGUCCUUAAUUCGGACUCUCAUUCAUGCCUCUUGUGAGUCACGUAUGUCCGUCGCCUAUUUCGUCAGUCAAAGAAGCUGCAUCAACAACAUCAUCGCCUCACCAUUUUUAACUCCAAUCAGUCUGGGAUGUUAAAAUUAAGUAAUACCAUAUUGUAAUCUUCAUAACUUUCUGUUCACAUAAUGUAAAGCAAGACAAUAAAGAAAUUAAAAUAUACAUGAAAUAGUGUCUAACAUUGCUGCUGAAAUGUGAAUUGAGAUACUGCAAGGUCAGUGUUUCAUUCUUGAACUGAAAUCAUUUAUUGUUUUUUAAAUACUAGUUGUCAUUUUUUAUUUGUGCUCUUUGGACAAUUGAUAAUUUAUUGAAUUUUUUUUUUUCAUGAUAAUUUAUUGAUUUUUUUUUUUUCUCCAAAGAAAACCCUGUUCUAAGAAAGGAUGCAAUUCUUCUUAUUGGCUGUAAUAUUUAUUACAUGUUCAGAUUUUAAUUUCUUAUUCAAAUUGUGCUCCCUGGAUAGUAGUGUGGGAGGUGUUAAAUUUGAAAAAAUGACAUACUUGAGAAUUAAAUCUCGUCAUUUAGCCCCUAUAUACUUCUCUGAGACAACCCAUCCCAUGGUAUGAAAAUAAAAUAUAAACUAGUUAAA